AUGACUGCGACGCCGGAAGUUCAGAAAUCCGUUGAAGAGAUCUUCACGAAGCUUCAAGGAGCUGCUGAUUGCAAUUCUUUGCUCAAAAAGCAUUUGACAAAGGACGUUGUCGCCAAGAACAAGUCCAAGAGGACUCGUCUCGGAGCCACGCUUCUCGACGUCAUCCAAUCUGGAGGAGAGAAUCUUGACUCUGGAGUCGGGAUCUAUGCACCGGAUGCCGAAAGCUACACACUGUUCGCGGAUCUCUUCAACCCAGUGAUUGAGGAGUACCACAAUGGAUUCAAAGCCACUGACACCCAGCCAGCUAUGGACCUCGGAGAGAAAAAUGUUGGUGAUCUCGCCGAUCUUGACCCAGAGGGAAAGUUCAUCGUGUCGACUCGCAUCCGUUGUGGACGUUCGCUCCAAGGAUAUCCAUUCAACCCAUGUCUUUCGGAGACGAACUACAAAAUGAUGGAAUCUCGCAUGAAAGAUAUCUUCAGCAGCAUCACUGAUCCCGAGCUCAAGGGAACGUACUAUCCGUUGACUGGAAUGGAUGAGGAGACGAAGAAGAAGCUCAUCGCUGACCACUUCUUGUUCAAAGAGGGAGAUCGUUUCUUGAAGGCUGCCAACGCCAAUCGUUACUGGCCAAAUGGACGUGGUAUUUUCCACAACGAGAAGAAAACCUUCUUGGUUUGGGUGAAUGAGGAGGACCACUUGCGUAUCAUUUCAAUGCAAAACGGAGGAAACGUUGGUGAAGUUCUCGGACGUCUCAUCAAAGGAUUGAAUCUUGUUGCCGCCAAGGCUCCAUUCGCCCGUCAUCCACGACUCGGAUGGCUCACCUUCUGCCCGACUAACUUGGGAACCACUGUGCGCGCAUCAGUGCACAUCAAGUUGCCGAAGAUCUCCGCAAAGGACGAUUUUAAGAAGAUCUGCAGCGACAUGAAGCUCCAGAUCCGUGGAAUUCAUGGAGAGCACUCCGAGUCGAAGGAAGGAAUCUACGACAUCUCCAACAAGCAACGUCUUGGGCUCACCGAGUAUCAGGCCGUUCGCCAGAUGUACGAUGGUGUCAAGAAGCUCAUCGAGCUCGAGAAGGCCGCUGCUUAA